GAAGACGAAACCGAAAACGAAAGUAACUGCGGAAAACAUGGAGAUAGCAAGAGAAAGCGUUGCUCGCUGGAUUGAAGCUAAUCUGUCUCCAGAGAGAUCCAUCAAUCUGUUCUACUGUCUGAAUGAACUGAACGACCAAACUCUGGUGAAAGACAUUCAGACCCACCUUAGCAAAGGAAGCCUCUCAUCUGCUGAUCUUUCACCUGCCCAGUGGUCUGCUUUGGUCUUUGUGUUGUUGACAUCAGAGGAGGAGCUGGAGGAGUUUGAGCUUCAGAAAUUCAAGAAAUCAGACGAGUGUCUCAUUAGAUUAUCAGCAGUCAUCAAAACCUCCAAAAGAGCUCUGCUAAAUGAUUGUGACUUAACAGACAAAAGCUGUCCAGCUCUGGCUACAGUUCUUGGAUCAGAAACCAAUCUGAAAGAGCUGAACAUGAACAAUAAUAAUCUGCAGGAUUCAGGAGUGAAGCUGCUCUGCACUGGACUGAAGAAUAUAAAUUGCAAAUUAGAGAUACUGAGACUUUCAGACUGCAGUAUCACUGAAGAAGGUUAUAAUACUGUUGCAAUCAAAAUUAUUCAACCCCCUUGACCUGCAAGGCAUUUUGCUGUGGAGAACAACAUUUUAUGAAAAUAAUUCAACAAAGGCAUCAGUAAAGUAUUAGAGAAAGUUUGUU